AUGACCAGAUAUUUACCGGCGGAUUGUCUUGUAAAAAUUUUCACAAAUUUUGAUGAGGAUGCCAACACACUGCAUUCUUGCACCCUUGUUAACACUCAGUGGUGUGAAAGCGCGGUGAUGAUCCUAUGGAGCAAACCAUUUAGAUUUUUACAUACAUUCAGAGAUAAAAAAACCUACUUACCAUGGUCAGAAAGGGCGGCCAGUCUUCUUAGAAUAUAUAUAUCAUGCCUCCAAGAUCAAGAAACGUGUAACUGUCAAACCUAUAAACUACCCAUUUUUAACUACAUUCAAUUCUUAAAAUCAUUAGAUAUCAACGAAUUUUCAGAGGCUGUAAUGGGAUAUUUACAGAAGGAACAAGGUAAACUUAUACAUCAACCAACCUCCUCUCAUACUAAAUUGCAUUCUUUCAACAUGAGCGUUUUUGGACAAACAACGGUAAAACCUCAACGUAUGGGGUGUAGGAGGACCGUGGCAUCCACAUCAAUAAGUGGGUGUGACGCCACUGUUGCAUAUUUGCUCAACACAGAUAUUCUUGGAAAAUUAUUAAUGAAUCAUUCCGUAAUCAUUAAGACUUUGCGUGUUACUUAUCAAAAAUCAUGCGCAAUAGAGCCUCAUUUAUGGUUUCAUACACUCCUUCCGAAUUUCUAUCAUCGUCUCUCACAAUUAUCCAGCUUGAUUUGCACAACUCCAUGUCACGCGCAAUUAUUUCAUACACUUUCCAAAUUUGCAAUCCAUUUAAGAAAGAUAAAAAUUUGGAUGGAUAUUCCACCCGCAAUAGUUAAUCCCAAAAACUUAUUGAAACACGGAAUCGAGAGUCUCAAUGCGCAAGUUGAAGGGAUCGCUGCAUUGAUCAGGUCUCAACAAGAAUUAAAAGAAUUUGAACUUGGAUAUACCGAAAUAGGAUUAAGUGAUAUUAUUUCUGCAUUAAUCGCCCAGACAAAUUCUUUAAGGAGUAUUACAUUUUUCAAAGUUAAUUUCAAGAAUUGGAGACCACUUAUUAGGUUGGUUGAACUUGUGAAUUUAGAAGAACUUUUACUGAAUUCAUGCUAUUAUUUGCCAACUUGUGUUGCAAGCUUAUCAACUGGUAUUGAAGAUAUGACGGAUGUUCAUGAAUUUGAAUCUAAAAUUGAAAAAUUAGAAAUUUCAUCUGCGCCAUGUGGAGUAAUUGAAUCUAUUUUGCGUAGAGCGAAUGUUGGCCUAAAGGAAUUAAUAAUUUCCAAUAUCUCCAUACCACCUUCUACACUUAAUACAUCAAUUUCUCCGGGGUCAACGUCAUCUCUUCAACAACAACAGCAAACUAUAGCAACUACACUUCCACCAAAUCGAGUUUUACAAACCAUCUCACAAUAUUGCCCGAACUUAACAAUGGCAAAAAUAUAUGUUGAUGCCAAUUCAUUACCAUAUUUACAUACACUCUUUUUUUCAUGUCCAAAAAUACGAACUCUAACAAUAUUUGGACCACGACAUCCUGAAAUAAAUGUAAAUAAUGUACUUCGAAAGUCAAGUUUAGUUAAUUUGAAUUAUUUAGAAAAUUUAUUCGUACAUUCAUGUUGGACAUACACACCUGAAAGUUUAGAUUUAUUCUUAAGUAAUCCUACAUUAAAGUUGAAAAAAUUGGAAAUUUUAUGGAGCGGGUGUUUUGGAAACGAACAUUUAGACGUUGUCUUGAAACGAUUAUGUUUAAGAGGGAAUGAAAUGAGAAGAGAGAGUGGGGAAGGUAUAAUGCGCGGGGCAGAUCGGCAGAGAACUAGAAGCAAUAUAAUUGUUAAAAGAAAUAAUGGAUUGGAAUUAUUACAUAUACAAACGCAACAAAUAUUAAAAUAUGAAAGAACCCGAGAAAUUAAAAAAUUAAUUAAAAACUUUAAAGUUGCCCUUUCUUGCAAGGACUUGACAUUUGUUCUUAAACAUCCGCCUUUAUGGCGCCACAUUCAUUUUAUAAAUUUUGAAGAACAAAUCCAAAUCGAAAAACAAUUUUUAUCCCCUCUUAAAUAUACUACUUUCCAAAUUCCCUAUAAACUAUCCCGUAUUGACGAUAGGCGCGCUCGUCAACUUCUCAAUAUGUUACGAAAAAAUAACUUGUCGUCCGUAGUUUGUUCUAUAAACUUUGACUUCACGUCUAUUAACUGUACUUCAAUAUGGGAAUCCAUAAAUGGUUUUCUAAAUCUUGAGGAAAUAAGUUGUCGAGGUUGUCUAAAUCUUUCCUUACGUGAUUUAGGUACGGCUCUAACUUGGUUUGAACCCUUAGUACCUAUAUUAAAAUUAAGAAAAUUACAAGUACUUUGGUGUAAAGAUAUGAGUCCAAAAACAAUUAUGAGACAACGUUUAUAUGUGAAUGACGUAAGUGAUUAUUAUAGUACCGUGUUAUUCGGUUUUUUGAAAGCUUUGAAACAAUUGAAAACAGAGAGGCCGAUACAGCUUGAUGUUGAUACAUGCGAAAUAUGUCGAACAAAUGUAACUAUCAGUGUUCCAUGCUCUAGUUGCAAAAUUCAAAAGAACUUUUGUGUAAGCUGUGAUUUGGAUCGCGGGUGUUUGGAUUGUUUUAGAUUUUAUUGUGAUACCGAUUCAUGUAAACCAUCGUCAUCGUAUUUAGAUCCAAUUCUGGCAUCUGGCAAAGUUAGUGAUGGAAAAACUAUCGCAUUAUACUCAUCAGUUCUGCCUAAGGUUAACAAGUAUCUUGAACUUAAUAACUUGUAUAUUCCUACUGUGGAAGAAUUAAAUAAUACUGAAAUUGUCAA